AUGGUUUUGGGAAGAGAUCGAAAGGAAUGGAAGGCCGAAUACUUCCAAAAAGUCGAGAGAAUUCUCUCUCAGUACGACAAGGUCCUUGUUUGCGAUGCUGAUAAUGUUACUUCCAAGCAGUUUCAGCAAAUCCGAACAGGUCUCCGAGGUCAAGGUGAAAUUCUCAUGGGCAAAAACACCAUGAUGAAGAAAGCCAUGCGCCAAUUGUACGAGGACAAGCCCGAGCUCGAAAAGCUGUCCUACUUGGUUAAGCUCAACGUCGGUCUUGUUUGCUUCAACGGAGACAUGAAGGAAAUCCGUGACUUGGUGAUGAGCUUCAAGGUGCCUGCUGCCGCUAGAACUGGUGCUGUUGCUCCUGUUCCUGUUGUUGUUCCUCCACAGGUCACAACUCUCGGUCCCGAGAAAACAUCUUUCUUCCAGGCCCUUUCUGUCCCAACCAAGAUUACCCGUGGUAACAUCGAAAUCACCGCCCCUGUCAACUUGAUCAACGAAGGCGACAAAGUCGGUGAAUCCGCCGCCACCCUUCUCAACAUGCUGAAGAUCUCUCCCUUCACCUACGGUCUUGACGUCAUCAGCUGCUACGAUGCUGGAACUAUCUACUCUCCUGACAUUCUCGACAUCACCGAGGACGACAUCAAAGCGAAGUUCCUCAGCGCUGUCAGCAAUGUCGCCGCCGUUUCAUUGUCGAUUGGUUAUCCUACCGCUGCUUCUGCUCCUCACAGCAUCGCCAAUGCCUUCAAGAACAUCCAGGCCAUUGCUGCGGCGACUGAAAUUACCUUCCCACAAGUCGAGAAGCUCAAGGAAUACCUUGCCAAUCCUGAGGCCUUUGCUUCUGCUGCUCCAGAAGCCGCUGAGGCAGCUGAGGAAGCCGCACCAGCCGCUGAAGAAUCUGAAGAGUCCUCCGACGAAGACUUCGGCAUGGAUCUCUUCGGUUAA